AUGAGUGAAAAAUCACUGCCUAAAACUCCUGCUAGUAAUAUUAGUCAAACUCCUACGACACCAAAUGAAAGAUUAAUUGAAAAAUUGUUUGAAUCUAUUAAUGAUCAAAUAUUAGAAGAAAUCGAAGAAGAAGAAUUUUUAGUAGAUAAUGACUGGGAUAUAUCUUUUGACGAGGUAGAUGAAAGAUUAUCUGAAUUUCAAGAAGAGGCAUUUGUUCAUGAAGCAUUCACCAAGUUAUGUGAUCAAAUUUUGGAAACUAUGGAAGAUAUGUUAAGUGAUUUUCAAAUGGAUUUGGGAAAAAUUAGUAAUGAAAUUCAAACAUUACAAGAUAAAUCUUUUUCUAUGAAUAUACAACUCAAAAAUCGAACUGUAUUAGAAAAUAGUUUAAAUAAUAUUUUGGAAGGAAUCAUAAUUCCACCUCCUAUGGUUAAGAAAAUUACCGAAGAUGAGAUUGACGAAAUAUGGUUGGCUUAUUUGACUGAACUAAAUAAAAAAAUGUCUUAUGUAAAGCAAAAACAAGGAAAGAAUAUAAAGGCUUUGAAAGAUGUUGGGCCUGAAUUGGAAAAGUUACGUUUAAAGGCUUCAGAAAAAAUUCGUGAUUAUCUUUUAUCUAAAAUAAAAUCAUUACGAAUUCCAAAUACAAAUGUUCAAAUUUUACAACAAUCAAUAUUAUUAAAACAUAAGGUACUUUAUCAAUUUGUAAUGCAAAGAUAUAGUGAUGUUGCAUUUGAAAUUAUGCAUACAUAUAUGAAUACUAUGAGGUGGUAUUUUUCUAAUCAUUUUGAAAGAUAUAUGAGAGGCUUACAAAAACUUCAAAGUCCUAUAGCGGAUAAAUUUGCAAUGAUUGGAUAUGAUGAAAAUGUUAGAAAAGGAAGUUUAUUAUUCGGAACUAGUAAAAUUGCCCUUCAAGAUAAAAUAAAUAUAUGUGCAUUGGGUGAUAGAAUAGAUACAUUAAAAAAUCAAGAUUCCGGUGUCAUCUUAGUUCAUGUAGCAGAAGAUAAGAAUCAGAAACAUCCAUAUGAAGUCUUAUUCAGGAGUUUUAAUUUAACAUUUAUUGAUAAUGCCAGUUCAGAAUAUCUUUUUAUAACUGAAUUUUUUACCAAAGAUGAAAAACCAAAUGUUGAUUUGGCAAAAGAAAUUUUUGCUGAAAUAUUUGAGCCCACCAUAAGAAUGGGUUUGAAUUUCACCAAACAAUAUAUUGAGAAUAGUUAUGAUGCUAUUGGUGUACUUUUAUGUAUUAGAUUGAACACACAAUUUACUCUAGAAUUACAAAGGCGUCGCGUUCCUGCAUUGGAAGCAUACACUAAUCAAACUAAUAUGUUACUUUGGCCAAAAUUUCAAGCACUUAUGGAUCUGCACAUUGAAAGUAUAAAGAAAGCCAGCAAUAAAUUAAUUGUUAAAGAUUUUCUUCCUCAUUAUGUUACUAGACGAUUUGCAGAAUUUUCUGCUUCAUUAUUAAUAUUGAAUGAAGAUUAUAAAGAUUCAAAUUUAACAAAUACUCUUUUAAGGUUACGAAGUGAAGUUGAUCUGCUUUUGAAUAAAAUGUCAACAACAUUUGAAGAUAAAAAAAGUAGAUUAAUAUUUUUAAUUAAUAAUUAUGAUUUGAUUAUAACAAUUUUAAGUGAAAGUGGUGGUAAAGCUACAGAACCGGAAAUUAUUCAUUUUCGAGAACUAUUAAAUACCAAUAUCUCAGGAUUUGUUGAAGAAGAGUUACAACCAUAUUUUGGUAAUCUAAUUUCAUUCGUUAAAUAUAUUGAACAAAUAGAUGAUACUGAAAGCAUUAAUUCAGUAGACAUGUAUGAUAAAAUUUCGUCAGAAUUUAUUGCAACUUGGAGGCAAUCAAUAGCAUCAAUAAAUACUUCAGUAAUACAAUAUUUUUCAAAUUUUAAAAAUGGUACAGUGAUAUUACAUACUGUAUUAGGACAAUUGAUUAUUUAUUACACAAAAUUUUGUAAUGCGUUAGAAGACGGGUUGAAAAAUGGUAGAGUUAGAGUUAGACAACAACCUGUUGGUGUACAAAGCGUCAUGGUGGAAAUUAAAAAGUUUAAAACACAAUAA